CGACACUGCAAUUUUACCGACAAAAAUGUUCUUCACAAAACCCGCAAACUAGCGAGCUUCAACGGUUGCGGAUUUGUUGGCAGAUUGAGGAAUCACAAAGUCAGUAGCACUGAUUUCUAGUCAAAGAAAAAAUUAUCGAAAACAAAGCGAAUUGCUAGCAAUUGAGAAAGAUGUCGACGGUGUAUGUAUUGGAGCCGCCGACGAAGGGGAAGGUGAUAAUUACGACGUCGUAUGGCCCGUUAGACAUCGAGCUGUGGCCAAAAGAGGCGCCUAAAGCGGCUCGGAAUUUCAUCCAGCUCUGCCUUGAGGGUUACUAUAACAACACCAUAUUCCACCGUGUCAUCAAAUCGUUCCUUGUACAGGGAGGUGACCCCACCGGCACAGGCGAAGGCGGUGAAAGUAUUUAUGGUGAGGUAUUUGCCGAUGAAUUCCAUUCUCGUCUAAGAUUCAAACACAGGGGUUUGGUUGCAUGUGCUGGUGCUAGCUCACCAAACUCAAAUGGAAGUCAAUUCUUCGUGACAUUGGAUCGUUGUGAUUGGCUUGACAAGAAGCAUACAAUUUUUGGAAAAGUAACUGGAGAUUCAAUAUAUAAUCUCUUAAGGCUAGGUGAGAUAGAGACUGACAAAGAUGACCGGCCAUUGGAUCCGCCAAAAAUAUUAUCAGUUGAGAUACAGUCCAUGAAUUAUUGCUACACUGAAAUGGCUGCCGAACCAACCAACAUGGAUGUGACCCAAACUGUUCCUGCUGGAAAUGAAGUUGUGGGCUCUACUAGGGCUCAAGGGCCAAGCUUUGUUAUGGCUAACUUGCCUAGUCGUGUUGUGAGUCAAACUGUGGCUCCAACAACUGGCCAAACGGUUACUGUUCCGGUUAAUCAUGGAGAGAAAUCAGAGAAAUUCAAUAGCUUGAAUUUCAAGAGUUUGUGGCAUGGUAGACUAGGACAUGUUAAUUAUGAUACUUUACGUAGAUUAGUUAAUUUGAAUAGCAUACCCAAGUACCAUAAUGAUUCCGAACAUAAGUGUGAAACUUGUGUUGAGACAAAAUUGACAAGGUCAUCCUUUAAGUCAGUUGAACGGAACACAGAACCACUUGGUUUAAUUCACAGUGAUACAUACACAAAAACAUAA